UCUUUGCCUUUCCGGGAAGGGUCGGGGGAUGGGAAAUGUUGCUUUGCGGCCGCACAGCUUCACGGAAACCGUAGUCCGGCUCCCUAACCGAAAAGACGGAGCUCCUGAUUAAUGGGGAUCGGAAGCAGGGAACACGAAAUGAGCGGGACAUAUAAACAUGCUAUUUGCCACACCAUGUCCGCAGUAAACGGUGGAUUUUGGGACUAAGUACAAAUCUGGAAUAGAGCAACAGGAGUUCCCGCGAGAUUUCCGUGCUCGCAUUAAGUGCUUCUGGAGAAGGCGAGGAGGGGCCCCAGAGGAGGAGCCGCUGCCGGAAUCCGAUGGCAGGAGCUGGGGCGACCGUACUGCUGCGAGAGGAGAACGGCUGCUGCAGCCGACGGCAGAGCAGCUCCAGCGCUGGGGACUCUGACGGAGAGCGCGAAGACUCGGCGGUGGCGGCUCGUGCGCGCAGGCGCUUGGAGGGCCUGCUCAACAAGAACAUGCGCAUUCGCAUGACAGACGGGCGGACCCUGGUGGGCUGCUUCCUGUGCACGGAUCGCGACUGCAAUGUCAUCCUGGGCUCCGCGCAAGAGUUCCUCAAGCCCACGGAUUCCUUCUCAGCUGGGGAGCCCCGUGUCCUGGGCCUGGCCAUGGUUCCUGGGCACCACAUCGUUUCUGUUGAAGUACAAAGGGAGAGUCUGACCUGCCCUCCUUACCUGUGACUCCUGGCCCUCAGCACCCACGAGGGAAGGCAGACUGGGAAGCUUUGAUUUUCUGUCUUACCUUCAUCUUCCCUCAUUCAUCUUCUGAUUAAAGCCUGUGAUCUAUUGACCUUGUACUGCUUGGGUGGGGAGGGUGGCUGGGAGGUCAACAACUACCUGACCUUGAUUUUGGGCCUUGGAGAAGGAAAAACCAACUUCUAGAUUUUAAGGGCCCAGAGAGAGAUGCUCAUUACAAAGAAUAUACUGUUCACUGAAACCAAAACAAUGACAUAAGCCUCUUCCCACCUCCUUCCCUUUCCCCACAAGAGGAAUUGGCUGGGAAGAAAGAAUAGAAAAUGUACUAUUUAUUAUAUAUUCCUGACUUCUGCUACUAGUUUGCUAUUGGACCAUGGACAAGCUACAGCUUUUCUGGGCAUUAGUUUCUUCUGCAGUAAAUUGAUGGAAUUAACAACCUUGACUUUAUUUUGGGCUUGAGCACCUAGGAGAUAUGGCUAUACCAAGCCUCUUAAGAGAGAAGGGGAAUGAAAAUCUCUACUCUUCAUUCAUUACAGGACCCCUAAGUGAAGUUGGUCUCUUCACUCACUGACUCCAGGUUGUCUCAGCAGGAAAAGGGUGGGGUAACGGGGAAGGAUGUAGUAGUAAAGGAUCCUUGGAAGGGAAAUUUCAGGCAGUAUGGUUGCCAAAAAGCCUGGUUGUGGAAGUCAGUUUGUUUAGAAUAAAACCCAGGAACACA